UAUCGGUGCAGUCCCGACGUCUGCGAUAGCUGCAGCAAAGCUCAGUCGUAAAGUCGCUAAUGCGAAUCAGCCCUAACGGACAAUUUAUCAGUGAAGUUCGGAACGUGCGAAUUAUAUUGUGUUGCCACUUGCCGGUUGAAUAUUUUGAGCGUUUGAUUUCGUUUUCAAAUACGAACCAAUUUUUCACUAUCACAUUGAAUUUCAAAUAUGCCUUUAUAAGCGUUGAUCUUUUUGUACUAUGUUCUAUUUCCUGUUGAAUGUUCGUUGAAGUGGUUUUGUGUGGUAAUAUUCUGCCUGAAAAUGGGCAACUUGAACACGCUGUCGUUAAGACUAGCUCUUAUUGCUCUCCACGCUGCUGGUGUAGGUUUAGCAGCUCCAAGUGUUCUAGUGACCAGGCCCAUAUCACGAACUAUGGAGUGGCUUCCGACAGAUAACCAGACGCUGUAUAGACUCGGUGAAGGUGAAAGCAGAAACCUGCAAUUAAAUACAAAUUUGACAACACAAUCGGUCGUUUACAUCACUGUGAGUCCCUGCUCAAGGGAUUUCCACUGGGCAUUGUAUCGCGGGGACCAAUACGGAGACGAUACGUUGGAGCUAGUCCAGGAGUUCAGUGGCGGGGAUGUAAACACUCUGUCAGCAGUCAUCAGGAAACAGGACAGAUAUGUUCUACAACUAUUCUCAUCAAAGGGGGGCACGGCCGCUGUUAGCGUUCGGGCUGAAGCCCCACGCCUGGUACGAAUCCGUCUCCGUACCAGGUCACGUCGGAGACUCUCAGCUAACUGGGACCCCAGCCCGGUCGACCCUCAAGAGACAACAUACUGUGUGGUUGCGUCACAACGGAAGAACUACACGUCCCUUUGCGCUGCAAAAUUUGACACGAGAUCGUGUCGACUGGAGAAAUCAAAUCGACAUAGUAAUGAAAAAUCUAACGAGAGCACUAAAAAGGAUCAUAAUUUAAGCCACGAUGAAAACUCAGUGGGGUUCGACUUGGACAGAUUCGAUAUUUACAAAGGAAAUUUCAAAAGUGUCUAUCGGAGAAAAAAAUUCGGUCGAAGCACAAGAGUCUCGAAUGAAGACCCGGUUAUUGCUUGCGUUGGUGACAGAACUCAUCACUUAAUAGAAAAUUUGGAUAUCAGUACGACAUAUUUUGUGAGUGUAUUCGGCGUGGCAAAGGAUCGUCGAGCAGGCUCUCUCUUAGCUACUGGUAGUGUUAAGCCUAAGACUUCAACAGCUAAACGGCUCAAAGAAAACAUCCCGGUCAGAAACGACAUAAAGACGAAGAGCGUUUAUUAUUUUAAGGCAUCCCAGGAGAAGGGUGGUCUAUGGUUGGCAAUUUCAACUUGUGGAGGAUCUGUCGACGUUGAAGUUCUGGUCAAAGGAAAACGACUAUAUAUGAUUAAAGACAUAGAUCCCCACGCAAAGUUCUUCGUAGCAGCUCCAAUUCCAAAUUCUUCGACACAAGAAAUAAGUGACGAGAGCUCAGUGCAAUUUGAUUCCAGUUCUGAAGAAUCCAAGGUUCGAUAUGUGGUACGCGUGGUACCUAUUAGGUGGUACAGAGAUUCAGGCGUCAAUGUUGAGGUUACAGCAUCAACCUCGCGUUGGGGAUUAACCAGUCCAGAACUUCUAGAAGACGGCUCAACUGUUAGAGAGCUUCGACCGCGAAGAUCCUGUAAAUCCGUUGAUGUUGCUUUUUUACCUGCUUACCACAACUCAACGAAUGUUAUAAGAUAUUGUAUAGUCGCUAGAGAGACGUCUUCGGAUGACGGCUACAGCUGUAGCGGAACUUCUAAAGGCUCGGAGACAAAAGUGCAAUGUAAAAAUCACGUGCAACAUCAACCGACGAGGGUAAUCGUGCAAAAGUUAGCUGGUUUGAGAGCGGGCCGCAAAUACGCCAUUCAAGUGACAGCCGCCAACAAGGGCAGUCCUGUCCCGUACAAAAUAUUAUACGUAGACACGAAUGUUUCAUGCAAAGAUUAAUUAAUUGUAAAAUAGAGAGAUUUAGUGAAUCAGUAUUAAUAAUUUGUAUAGAUAAAACCGACAUCGGAUUUUCUGCUUCAUGUUGUUAAAAUUAAAGAUCUUAUGUACCUAUAUAUAGUUAUAUAUUAUGUUUUUAUACGUGGUAUAGGUUAAUAAAAUUCUCGCAUUAUACCUCUAUUUAUUAAUGGCGUGUGUGUAUUGAUGCAUCAGACUACUGUACUCAAUAACAUCUGUAGUGUUUUUUUAUUAAUUUACAUUUCUUUUUGUUAACUUACUCAAGUAAAUCAUUAAGUUUUUGACGAUUGAGUAUUUUUUGUUGCAUCACUUCAAAUAUUAUAUUGUAAUUAAAAUGAUUUGUAAAACGACGAAGUUUUAAAUGUUAUUUAAAAGUGUCGCAAUGAGUAUCUUUUUGACUUCGUCACAUUAAACUACUUCACUUCUUUCUCUCUCUCCUUUUCUCAUUUCUUCACCUUUCCCGAAGAGAUGGUAAAUGGCAGCUUAGCGAAACUCUUUAACGGCCGUUCCCAAUAUACUAUAUACAGAUAGAGAUAAAUUACUUCCUUCUACUGUCAGUAAUUAGCUGUUAAUAAUCUGAAGCUGUCUCAAUAUAUCCUAUAAGUCAUUCUUAUCGCCUUAUAUUCGGACGCAGGAAAAGCAAUUUCCAUACAAACUUCUAUCGAUGGUAAGCUAUACGUCGUCCCAUUGACAGACAGUGAGUUACCGUCGAUAAGUUUAUUGGGACAGAAAAUUCAACGACCGUUAAGAUUUUCGAAGAGAUAGAUUGAAUAUUGGGAACGGCCGUAAGAAAGCGAUUCACUCGAUUGUAUGAAACGUGCAGUCAUUGAUAGAUUGACAGAUGACAGCUAUAAUCUUGUAAAAACAGAGAUAUCCGAAAUCCACUACGUUUUAAGGAGUUUUUACAGUUGUUUGAUGACAAUCUUAGCCAGAUCGUCGCCCAAUUGUAAUUACUAUUUCAAACUUACAUCAAAUAUCACUGCACGUUUCAUACUACACUAAAUUUUUAUUUCGACAGUCCCGGCUCUUAUUAGGUAGUAUUUACAUCCUCUUUGGUAAAUGGUACAUUAUGACAUUUAGAAGAGAAAAUUCUUUGUCCACUACGAAUAAAGAAAAUAACUGUUACUGAUUUUAUUUGUAAUAAUAUGAUUUAAAAACAAUAAGUAAUUGUUAUGCCAUGGUUUUAUGACUUCUACCUUCAAAAUUUGAUGAAUGAAACGAAUCAAUAAAUACUUAAAAUCCUGGUUUUAAUGUACUUUUCAAACCAUUCUUAUGGAUGGAUGAAAAAUAUAAAAAAAGUUAUAAUUAUUUUUAUUUAUAAAAUUUACUGUUUUCCUAGAGUUAAGUAGUUAUUUUAUUUUGGUUGGGAUUAUAUCUGCGGAGAUCGAAGUCGUAUUGCUAACAUGUCUACUUUAACAGGAGGUAAAAUUUUAACAAGGAGUCCUUAGUGUUGAAACAGUAGUCAAUCCGAAAAACUAGUUAAAUAAACAGGUUCUGAUUAGGAACCUAAGCCUAAGAAUCUAAUAAAUACAAUUUAAAGUGUAGGUAACUGUAAAUAGAAUUAAAUUGUUUUUAAUAAUUAAUAAUGUACCUAGGUAAUAUUUUGUUUUAAUAUUUAAGCGACUUAUCUAAUAAAGCUUUGAAAAUUCGGUCUUAUGUACCUAGUACUUAGUAUUUUAACAAUUUUUAAAAAAUACAUUCAGAAAUAGGCCUAGACUAAUGUUAAGAGAAGCAUUAUUUUUAUUUUCUAAAUAGUUCAUGAAAUAGAGGUACAUACCGACUAGCUUUUUUCCUAAUAGUCUUUAAGUAACGAUCCUGAAAUAAAGGAAUAUUUAUAUUAUGGCCAAAUAUUACACCUACCCACGGACGAGUAAAAAAAGACGGACUCCAUGUCACCUUACAUUACAGUGAAGCAUCAAAACAAGCCGGUAAACGUGUAAAUACAUAGCCCCACGCCCACACUUACACUAAAAUAAGCCGAUCGGCCGCCAUUAUGAGAUUUUCCAUCGUCUGUGACAGAUCAGUUUGUAUCGCAAUAAAAUAUUUUGUUGUGAAAAAGUGUAAAAAUAAUACUAUAAAAGUAAUUGUGGAUAUAUGAUUAUUUAAGUGAGAAUAAAUUGUGUAUCAGGUAUCCCCCGUAACCGCACACACACUAGCAUAAAGGUGCUUCACUUGCUAAUAUCACGGCGCGGAGUUCUUCUUUUUUUACAAGUCCGUGCACAUACCUAUAACUAUUUUGAUAUACAUAAUAUAAUAUUUUAAAUGAAACCCUUCAUGAUUUCACAUUUAACGGAUUCCUCUUUUUCUAACCUACAUUUAUUUAAGUCUGGUCUUCUUAUUUUGUCACGAGAAUAUAUUUUUUCUGGAUAAGUAAUUUAAUUAUAACUAAAAUACAUUAAAUUAUGAUUAUAAUAAGUAAAUAAACGUUCUUAUAAACUUCUUACUUUGAUAUUGUUUUCGAUCAAAAUUGAAAAUACCUAAUUAUUAUAAGUAUUUUUUUAAUGUAGCACUCUAUAAUUUUAUCAUAUAUUAUUUCAAGUGGUAAAUUUGGUUGUAGUAAACGAACUCUCUCUUGUAAAAUGGCAUUUAAAACUGAACAAAUUGCAAGUUCCUAUUAUUUUUACAUCAAGAUGUAAGUACCUACUUAAUACAUAAAUAAAUGUUUGAACAUUU